UAAGAAGCAACUUACCUCGAGAUAGACCCUGCGUGACCUGACUCGAGACCGGGCCGAGCAGCGAGCAAGUGGAAUCGUGGAUCGAGUUUCCAAGGCUUGGCGAGACAAGCUUUCCAGAACAACACAAAACCAUGGGCCGCCAACCCACAAGUGGCUACUGCCAAACAUGCCGAAGGAGGCGCGUCAAGUGCGACAAGACACGGCCCGAAUGCAAGCGCUGUGCCGCAUCUGGCCACACCUGCGGCGGCUAUGUGCUCCCUCUACGUGUGCACGCCUUUGGCGUCCAGUCAGAAACUGACGGGACGCAGCGGUUAGUGAGCAUCCAGCGGCCAUCAAGCCUCGCGAAAUUGGCAUCCCGGCCGCCUCUAGAACUCGACUUUCGCGUGUUCGAGGAAGAGAUCUCAGCGUCUCACUUUUUCAACACCUUCAACUGGGCCCCAUUUUGGCGCCCGGCCAUGCUGGCAGCGACGAAUGAUGAGUUCCCCGCGAUAAACAAGCUCUGCUUCCGAGCCAUCUCCUAUGGCUACAUGGGCCUCGGCCGUCGGGACCAGGCCCUGCAAGCCAAGGGACGGCAACUGUACGGGCAGGUCCUUACUGAGUUUCAGUCUCUGCUCAGACAGCCUCCAAAGGCCGAGUUAGCAAAGCUUGGCUUCACGAUUGUGCUAAUGGGCAUAUAUGAGUUCGUUAUGAACAACAUCAUGGGACGGGCACCGCCCCAUCACGUCGGCAUCAUACGGAUUCUACAGCACUGUGGACCUGAGACGUACCAGGACGAAAGGCUUCUUGAUUUGUUUAGAUCGUGCCGAGCACUCCUUCUCUGCCAAUCGCUUUGCCGACAGAGCCGCUGCUUCCUCGAAGAGACACCCUGGAAGACCAUACCAUGGCAGCGGGCACCCAAGACAUUUGAGGACCGUCUCAUGGACAUCUUCGUCGAUCUCCCCGGCAUUGCGGAGGCCGUUGUGGUUCCAACCAACCGAGCCGCUUGCCUCGAAAAAAUCGAUGCAUUGUCCAUUGCCUUGAACGACUGGCGGUGGAAUUGGCAGUGCGCAAACUCCGGUUCCGUUCGUCAGGUUCACAAUGAAGGUAUGGAGGAGGGCGACAUAACAUCGACCCCUCUUAUGGAGCUCAUACUGCAGGCCAGCUUGGAGUUCGACUCUCCGCGGCUGGCACUAGACAUCUUGCUUUACAAUGCCGCCCUUGUCUAUCUGAUGCAGAUCAGGAGUGUCGCAAACGGCCAGGACCCACGGCACGAGCCACUGUCACCGGAUGACGAGGGAUACAUCCGCCAGCAGAUUGCCUUGUCCCGCCACAACCCCCUUCUUCUUCCCGGCACAGUCAAGUUUCGAUGCCAAGCUGCAGCGGAGGGCUUCAUGACGCUGUCCUGUAUCAGACGGCUUAUGGCUACUACACCGACGGCGGUGACAGUCGUAACCCCAGCUACGAUUGGCAUUGUCUACUGUGCAUUGCGCGACCAGCUACAGUUGGACUUCGACUUCUCGCGGCUAGUUUCGCAGUUUCCUAUAUUCCAGGACCCACAGAGGGUCUUCGCCGGCUAUUUCGUCAGCGUCGAUGGUAGCCCAGGGCGGCAGAACUAUUGCGACGCUGGCAACGGUACAGAAGAAGAAGGGGAGACUAUUUCCUGGAAGCAGACCAACCGGCUUUCUCGUAGAUUAACCCUACAAUAACCUAAGAUUGCAGCACAACAUCCUCCGUGAUACCCAUCACUUCCUCAUACCCGCCAUGCCCGGAAGUUCCGUCAGCCCUGUACAACACAAAGUGGUCAGGUUAGCAACGCUCUCAACUCGCUAGAGGCAGACGGUGAAACGAAAAGGCAACUCACAUCCAUCUAUCUCCUCCUCCACGGU